UCCAGACUCCAGAGCAUUCCACGGCCUCCCUACAAGUCGCGGCCGCGCCGCCGUCGUCCGCCGCUCAUCGAAUCCAGCGGAAGCGGAAGCCUCGCAAACCCUCGUGCUGUCUCCGGCCAGGCCAGCCAUGGCGGCGUCGCUGCUUCUCCGCGCCGUGCGCCGGCGAGACCUCGCGUCUCCUCUCGGGACCUUGACCGCGAACGUCCAGUCAAAGUGUGCUGCAAAUGUGUGUUCAAGAUGGGCUGGUUUUGCAAGAACUUUCAGUGCAAAAGCAACUGGAAAUGAGGUUAUUGGAAUUGAUUUAGGAACAACUAACUCAUGUGUUUCAGUUAUGGAAGGAAAGAACCCAAAAGUAAUAGAGAAUUCAGAAGGAACCAGGACAACACCGUCAGUAGUUGCUUUCAAUCAGAAGGGAGAGCUACUUGUUGGAACACCAGCCAAGCGUCAAGCAGUGACCAACCCACAGAACACUUUCUUUGGUACAAAGCGUCUGAUAGGGCGGCGCUUUGAUGACCCGCAAACUCAGAAAGAGAUGAAAAUGGUACCAUAUAAAAUUGUGAAGGCUCUGAAUGGUGAUGCUUGGCUAGAGACAACAGAUGGCAAGCAGUACUCACCGAGCCAGAUUGGUGCCUUUGUUUUGACCAAGAUGAAGGAGACAGCUGAAUCUUACCUUGGAAAAUCUGUUUCCAAGGCUGUGAUUACUGUUCCAGCUUAUUUCAAUGAUGCUCAGCGUCAGGCUACCAAGGAUGCUGGUCGCAUCGCUGGACUUGAUGUCCAAAGAAUCAUCAAUGAACCCACUGCUGCUGCUCUGUCUUAUGGAACAAACAACAAGGAGGGUUUGAUCGCUGUGUUUGACCUUGGAGGAGGAACAUUUGAUGUGUCCAUUCUAGAAAUAUCCAAUGGAGUUUUUGAGGUCAAAGCAACAAAUGGUGACACUUUUCUGGGUGGAGAAGACUUUGAUAAUACUCUUUUGGAGUUUUUAGUAAGUGAGUUCAAAAGAACUGAAGGUAUUGAUCUGUCAAAAGACAGACUGGCUCUGCAGAGGCUACGCGAAGCAGCUGAGAAAGCAAAAAUUGAACUCUCAUCAACAGCCCAGACCGAGAUUAAUCUUCCAUUCAUCACAGCUGAUUCCUCUGGAGCAAAGCAUCUAAAUAUCACAUUGACAAGAUCGAAGUUUGAAAGUUUGGUGAAUAGUCUGAUUGAGAGGACUAGAGACCCAUGCAAGAGCUGCUUGAAGGAUGCUGGUAUAACUACUAAAGAUGUUGAUGAGGUCCUUCUUGUUGGUGGCAUGACAAGGGUUCCAAAAGUGCAGGAAGUUGUUUCUGAAAUCUUUGGUAAGGCCCCUAGCAAAGGAGUAAACCCAGAUGAAGCUGUGGCCAUGGGUGCUGCUAUUCAGGGCGGCAUUCUCCGUGGAGAUGUAAAGGAUCUUCUCCUCCUUGAUGUAACCCCUCUAUCGCUUGGUAUCGAGACUCUUGGUGGUAUCUUCACCAGACUAAUCAACAGGAACACUACAGUCCCCACGAAGAAAAGUCAGGUGUUCUCAACUGCUGCUGACAACCAGACGCAAGUGGGUAUUAAGGUGUUGCAAGGUGAGCGUGAGAUGGCAGCAGACAACAAACUUCUUGGUGAGUUUGACCUUGUUGGCAUUCCACCAGCGCCAAGAGGUAUGCCACAGAUUGAGGUCACAUUCGACAUCGAUGCCAAUGGAAUCGUGACGGUCUCAGCAAAGGAUAAGGCAACUGGAAAGGAGCAGCAGAUCACAAUUCGAUCCUCUGGUGGGCUUUCUGAGGCUGAGAUCCAGAAGAUGGUCCAUGAGGCUGAGCUGCACUCCCAGAAGGAUCAAGAACGGAAAGCCCUCAUCGACAUCAGAAACACCGCAGACACAACCAUCUACAGCAUAGAGAAAAGUCUGGGUGAGUACAGGGACAAGAUACCUGCAGAGGUUGCCUCCGAGAUCGAGACGGCGAUUGCCGAUCUCCGCAAUGAGAUGGCCUCGGAUGACAUUGAGAAGAUAAAGAGCAAGAUCGAAGCGGCCAACAAGGCUGUCUCAAAGAUUGGGCAACACAUGUCUGGUGGUGGGUCUGGUGGCUCGCAAGCAGGAUCACAGGGCGGAGGUGACCAGGCUCCUGAGGCUGAGUAUGAGGAGGUCAAGAAGUGAAAUUGACCGUUGCCCUGCAUUUAGGAGUAGUAGUAGCUAAUUUUGUAAGAACUUCGAGAUGCUAGAGCUGUGCACGGUGUAAUAAUGUUCUGGGGAUUUUGUUCUCCUAUGACACGUCUUCAAUUCCCAAGGGCGUCCAAUAGUGAUGUACUCCUAUAACUUUGGUUGCAUGUGUUCCCUUGCUCGAGAGGAACAUGGGCAACACAAGCUGGGCGUGAUCCUCUACUCCUGUUAACUUGGAUAUCUUGUUCCUCUAAUUCUGUAUGUAAAUUGCACUAUCGACCUGGGUUUCAAUGAAGCGGCGGGGUCGUUAGUUCUGUGUUUCCAUGA